AUGUCUGGUGCAGGCGUCAUGGAUCCGGCGCUCAUCAAGACGAUCAAUCGUCUUCAAGAUGCAUUCUCAACAGUCGGCGUAACGAAUCCUGUGGACCUGCCUCAAAUCACCGUCAUCGGCUCUCAAAGCAGCGGCAAAUCUUCUGUACUUGAGAACGUUGUCGGACGAGACUUUCUUCCUAGAGGCACUGGCAUUGUCACACGGCGCCCGCUGGUCCUGCAAUUGGUCAAUCGUGCAGCAACGCCAGCGACGGCUAAUGCAAGCGAAGUCAAGAAGGGCUCAGAUGCCAAUGCCAAUGCAGACGAAUGGGGAGAGUUCCUACACAUUCCCGGCAAGAAGUUCCACAAUUUCAAUGAGAUUCGCGAUGAGAUUGUCAGGGAGACUGAUGCCAAAACUGGCAAAGGGCUCGGCAUCUCGCCGGUACCUAUCAACUUGCGCAUAUACUCUCCGAAUGUCCUGACACUGACAUUGGUUGACUUGCCAGGCUUGACCAAAGUUCCCGUCGGGGAUCAACCCAAGGACAUUGAGAAGCAGAUUCGGGAUAUGAUUCUCAAGUACAUCACGCGGCCAAAUGCAAUCAUUCUUGCUGUGACUUCUGGCAACACUGAUCUGGCCAACUCUGACGGAUUGAAGCUCGCACGCGAGGUGGAUCCAGAGGGAACACGAACCAUUGGUGUCUUGACAAAAAUCGAUUUGAUGGACCAAGGUACCGAUGUGGUAGACAUUCUCGCCGGUCGUGUUAUUCCCUUGAGACUCGGUUAUGUGCCUGUUGUAAAUCGCGGUCAACGGGACAUUGAGAACAAAAAGGAGAUUUCGACUGCACUAGAUGCUGAACGCGAGUUCUUUGAGAAUCAUGCUUCUUAUCGUUCCAAAGCACAGUACUGCGGUACGCCCUUUCUAGCCCGCAAGCUGAACACUAUCUUGAUGCAUCACAUUCGCAACACUUUGCCAGAAAUCAAGGCCAAGAUUGGAUCAGCGCUCAGCAAGUAUCAGAUUGAGCUAUCUUCACUUGGAGACUCCAUCCUCGGCAACAGUUCAAAUAUGGUACUCAACGUUAUUACCGAGUUUUGCAACGAGUUCCGGACGGUGAUUGACGGCAAUAGUCAGGAUCUCUCCAGUAUGGAACUGUCCGGUGGUGCCAGAAUCUCAUUCGUCUUUCAUGAACUCUACGCCAAUGGUGUCAAAGCAGUAGACCCAUUUGACAUUGUCAAGGAAGUUGACAUUCGAACCAUCCUCUACAAUUCCUCGGGAUCUUCGCCGGCCCUAUUUGUCGGCACAGCAGCAUUUGAAGUGAUUAUCAAACAACAAAUCAAGCGAUUCGAAGAGCCCAGCAUCAAAUGCGCAAGCUUAGUAUAUGACGAGCUCGUUCGAAUUCUGACGCAACUUCUCUCGAAACCUAUUUUCAAGCGAUAUCCAGCUUUGAAGGAGAAAUUCCAUCAAGUGGUUAUUGCCUUCUUCAAGAAAGCAAUGAACCCAACAAACAAACUAGUUAGCGAUUUGGUCGCCAUGGAAGCAUGCUACAUCAACACAGGCCAUCCAGACUUCCUCAAUGGACACCGAGCAAUGGCAAUGGUCAAUGAGCAAAGAAAUGGUUCAAAGCCCGUGCAAGUCGAUCCUAAGACUGGCAAGCCUGUCCCUGCUAGUCAGCAACAGUUGCCCAAUUCGCAGUCCCUGGACACUUCAGCGGAGAAUGGCGGAUUCUUUGGCAGCUUCUUUGCAUCGAAGAACAAGAAACGCAUGGCUGCGAUGGAGGCGCCACCUCCAGUGCUUAAGGCUUCUGGGACCCUAUCCGAGCGCGAAUCUAUCGAGACCGAAGUCAUCAAGCUAUUGAUCAAUUCUUACUUCAACAUUGUCAAACGGACCAUGAUCGACAUGGUACCAAAGGGAAUCAUGCUCAAUCUUGUGCAGGCAUGUAAAGAAGACAUGCAGCGAGAGCUGCUCGAGAAUCUGUACAAGAGUGACGUUCUCGAUCAGCUGCUCAGGGAAAGCGAUUACACAACACAACGCCGCAAAGAGUGCCAACGCAUGGUGGAAUCAUUGACGCAGGCAUCAGAGAUUAUUGCCGAGGUUGCAUAG